CAGCGUUUUCUUUUCUCUUAUUUAAUUGCCCUAAGAGAUAUCGGGUUAACGCUUUAGGAAGGAUAGAUCUCUCAUUUUAUUGGUUCUUUUGUCGUGAGUAUUUUUUUCAGCUGGCCACAGUGACAACACAAAGUCGACCAAGGAUGGCCGAUGACAGCAGUGGUGGUAAUGCGAGUAUUGUGGACGAUCCAGAAGAACGAAAGCACUUUCAAAGAAUUGUGAACGCUUUUAGAUCGUAUAGGAGUUACUCGCUUCGACGGUUGUGUAAAGUGGUCAAAUAUGUGUCAAGUCUCCCGGCCUCCCACCAGCUCAUGCUCAAGAGCUACCGGCAGCACCUGGACAGAGUCCGGAUGGCCAUUGACCACAAUCACGAGGUUCUCAAGCUGGUGGUUGAAAACAUAGCCCACAUGUUUGAGAAUGCAGACCACUCUGACGAUGUGAAACCGACAAACCAGAUUCAGGCCACGACGUUAGACAUGGACAAGGUGCAAGGUGUCCUGAAGCAGUUUGUUCGGGAAUGGAGUUCUGAAGGUGCCGAGGAACGGCGAGCCUGCUUUCAGCCCAUUUUGGACACCAUUUCUGAACACUACCCAUUAGAUGAAGUAGAGCCAGCUUCCAUUCAGAUACUUGUGCCAGGAGCAGGCCUCGGAAGACUUGCCUACGAGAUUGCUCGGCAAGGUUACUGUUGCCAGGGCAAUGAGUUCAGUCUUUUCAUGCUGUUUGCUUCCAACUUCAUCCUGAAUCGGUGCAAGGGCACCAACUUGUACUGCGUGUAUCCCUGGGUGCACCAAUACUACAACCACAUGGCCUCGAAAGACCAGAUCAAGCCUGCCGAGUUCCCAGACGCCAAUCCCAGCGACGUUCCUCCUGAGUCACAGUUCUCCAUGGCGGCUGGCAACUUCGUCGAAGUGUACAGCUCACAGUUGGAAACGUGGGACUGUGUGGCAACAUGCUUCUUCUUGGACACAGCACCAAAUGUAGUGCUGUACAUAGAAACCAUAGCGCACAUCUUACGGCCUGGAGGCCUGUGGAUCAACUUGGGUCCCCUCCUAUACCACUAUGCUGACUUGCCAAACGAGGACUCAAUCGAGCCCAGCUACGAAGAUGUUCGGCACAUCAUUCUUGCCAUGGGCUUUAUUUUUCUGAAAGAAGAGACGGGUCUUCCAACACCAUACACCCAAAACCCACGUUCCAUGAUGCGAUACGAGUACCGUAGUGUGUUCUUUGUUUGUCAGAAGCCACUGCAGCCCUCAAAUGCCGUGGAAGAGGCAAUUGACGAUGAAGUUGCUCACAGCGGUGACUCCUGAUUCAGCGACUCCUGUUGUGAAAUGUUUCAUGCAGUGAUUCACAACUGGGCACAGUGCAUUUGGGAUAAAAAAAAACGACAUUCUAUAAUUGGAACUGUUAACGUCUGCUGAUAGCUCCAGGUCACGCUAGCCUCUACAAGGAUAUGCACCUUCAGGGUCACAAAGCGUGUUGUUUAGGAUAUUGCUCUGCUGUAUUUAUCUUUCUGUUGUGUAGGGUAAUGACGUUAUCAAAUCAGCCAAUGCAGUCAUUAUUGUUUGUCAUUAGGCUCUGCCAGAUUUGAGGUUUUUGUAAUGCUGCUUACUUUUAUUACUUGUCUGGACAGUAACACAAUCUCAGCACAAAUUUUCUAUUCAUUGAAUGCAUUGUACACGAAUGUAAGCUCAUUUUUGUUUGUGUAGUCAUUUUGUGUGGGUUCAGUUUAUAAGCUUCCAAAAUGUUAAUUCAUAAUCGUUGAUGCAUAUUUAUCAGUAAAGCUUUUCUUCUGCAAAGGUUAAUCAGCCAGUGGGACUGAGAACCACAGAUGAAGUUGCUUAACUUCAUUGUUUAAUUUUCUACAGUUUGAGAUUACUUUCCCUAAAGCUGUUGUUAAUGUCUCCUCUAAGGGCGGCUGCUUCUCAGAUGAAUGUGGAUGACUUAAUGCUUGAGUGUUGGCUCCUAUGUGUGGCAAGGAGGAUUGCUUCAUGUUGUUGAUAUAGAAAUAAAUUCUACCAAUGAAAUCAAA